UGUUUGGAAGGGCUCUGCACGCCAUUGCGAGAAUCAGCGAUGAAUUUUGGAUCGACCCCAAGGAAAAUGGACUUUUUUUGAAGACGGUAAAUAGUUCCAGAUCGGCCUAUGCCUGUGUCUUCUUUUCAUCCACGUUCUUCCAAAAUUAUUCCUAUGGAAAUGAACGGAGCCCGAAUGGUGACAUUGUUCAACUGGCAUGUAAAUUAAUAAUCAAAGCCAUUCUGCCUUUAUUUCGAUGCUUGCACACCCUGGAAAGAAAUGUGGAAAAGUGCAACAUUUACACAGACGUGAACGAUUGCCAUGUUGUUUUUAAGCUAUUCUGCAAACACGGUGUCGUGAAAACUCAUAGCUUAGCUUUCCAGGAGUGUGAACCUCUUCAAGCUGUGUUUGCAAAACAUUUGUGUACCAAUGUAUUGAAAGUCCACUCCAGGCAUCUGUCUGACAUGUUGAUCCACUUUCCGACGUACCAAGAAGAAAUAACUUUAGGUGUAACACCAAUGAAAGUUUGCUUCAAGACUUAUGCAGAGGAUGAGAUGGAAUUUGCAAAGGCAACGCACACGGAGAUUCAUCUGAGCCCUGCUGAAUUUGAAUAUUUUCAAGUCGGAGUAGAUUCAGAGGUCACAUUUUGCCUUAAAGAGCUUCGGGGUCUUCUGGUGUUUGCAGAAGCUCUCAGCACCCCAAUCUCCAUUCACUUUGAUGUAUCUGGAAAGCCCCUCGCCUUCAGCAUCGAGGAUACGGCAAUAGAGGCCCUGUUUGUUUUGGCCACUUUAUCCGACACCGAAAGCUGCACAACGGCCAGUAAACCAACCUGCCUUGAGCAAAGCCAAAACAGGGGCCCUGCUGCCAGAGGGAGAAGGAAUCAACACAUCACCAGUUGCAGGAGAAACGCGUCCACAGCUCCCUCGGAGGGCUCUUCCACAGGAGAGGAACAAACACCUGGUCUCAACUAUGAUAAGUUUCAUUCCUUCUUUUUCGGAGCGGUUUCCCCUAACGAGCAAAGCCAUGCCAAUUUGCUUCACAAUUUGGCAACGGUGAGCGACGCAGAAGAGGAUGGCGCCCACGGGCCGCGCUCUCCUACGUUUUAGCCCCGGGAUGUUCCUGUUGGUGAAGCAGGCAAGCAGCUCAGUUUGGCCUGCAGAGAAAUGCCAUCUUUGCUUAUUUUAGGCGUUCCGAGUUACCCAAAUGGACGCUCCUGCUUCUUAUUUUACCAACUGUUUUCUGCCAAAUGUUGUUUUGCCUUCAACCUGUGGAUAUUGUCGUAACUUUGUUCAAAAUCCUUUAGUUAGUUGGAUGGGAUUACUAAAUAAACAAACCAACCCCAGGGGGGUGUAUCAU